GGGUCACUUUUCAGAGAGAGUGAUUUUGCAUUUCUACUUGAUGGACUUGUUCCAAUACGACGAACAAAUGUUGUGUGUGCUGGCAACGAGGACUCCCUGUCAGAGUGCUCCUUCAAUGGAGCCGAUGGAGACCCAACCUGCACUCAUAGAGAUGAUGUCAUCAUUAUGUGUGCAACUCAGAGUGAGUGUAAUGAGGGAGAUGUUCGGCUGGUAGACGGCCAAACAUCAACUGACGGACGAGUGGAAGUAUGUCUUGAAGGGUUUUGGGGCUCAGUGUGUGAUGACAGAUGGGACUCCAGAGAUGCUCAAGUCGUGUGUCGGCAAUUGAAUUUCAAUGGACGUAAGUUUCUCUUGAGUGGUGCAUCAUCGUAUCCACUGCUGAAUUUUGGAGCUAACCAAUCGUCCACCAUUCACCUGGAUGAUGUUCACUGUAUAGGAUCUGAGGAGAGAAUCACUGAUUGUAGCCACAGUGGAAUAGGGAUCAACAAUUGCCGUGCGGGCACCGAAGAAGCUGGAGUCAUAUGCACAAGUAUGUGCUAUCAAGGGGAGGGGGAGCAACUGACCAAUAACACAACAUGUGAGGAUGGGACAGUCCACCUGGUGGGAGGAGACGACGUGUCCAGAGGGAGAGUUGAGUACUGCUAUCAGGGAGCCUGGUACUCUGUGUGUGCCAGUGACUGGGAUGACAGUGGGUUGGAGGCACAAGUUAUCUGCGGAAAUCUGGGCUAUCGACUUGAAUCUACUGUAGUGAACUACAGGCGAGGUAAUAGUCCAAUUCUACCAUUCAGUAUCAGCUGCAGUAUAGGUGACAGUGAGCUUGAUGACUGUGCUAAGACUGCACUUGAUACCAGCCAGUGUCCACAUGUGGCAGGAGUCAACUGUGAAGGCAAGAAUGUGGAAACAGAAGAUGAGAGUGAGAAAACAUGUUUCUCCAAAACACAUGUUGUUGCCAUAUCCAUUGGGAGCACACUAGUUGGAUGUGUUUUAGCAUCAACUACCACCGCAGUUGUGUUUGUGGUGGUUGGACUCUGCCGUAGACACAAGACAUCCAUAAAAUCCUCUUUUCCCAUUGAAGUGGCUACCCUCCAGACAAGAAAUUCUGCAGUGUAUGAUGAGGUGGUUCUUCCUCCAGCCAACCCUUCCUCCAUCAUUCCAACUGAACCCAACACAGCCUACGUCACUAACACAGUGUCUCAGACUCGUCCCAUCACCACCGAACCUAAUGUAGCUUAUGCUGUUCACUCAUCUCAGCAUAUGGCAUUCCAACUGGAAUUCAACAUAAAACGGACUCUGGCAGAUAUAACCAAAAAUUGCAGUUGUGGUUUCAGAGCAUCACAGAUCGACCACGGAGAGGUUAGCUGCCGCAGCAUAGCUGAUGGUCAUGUGUCUACAGAGCUGCUGGAGGUGAUGAAGGACUGGAUGGCCAAUGACGGGACAUUCCUGUACACCUAUCAUGGGAACAUGAGACUGGGACUGGACCAAGACUGUCCUCUGGAGAUUGCCUCCUUCUCCCAGCCAGAGUUCAGAAAUAACCAUUUCAAGACUGAAAUGAGAAUAGAGUUAUGA